AUGUCAGUACCUAGUAACAACCUCCGCCCUCUAACUCGCUUCGUUACAGGCCACAACAGUGCCGACGGCAAAUCUGUUUUCGAAAGUGCUGCGGUGAACGAGAGCCCGCCUGUGAUCAACUAUCCGGGUGGUAUGCAAAUCGCUUUCUACUAUGGUACUUCCGGAUUUCCAGUCGACCUGAGUAACGAUGGUGACAUCAAAAUAUACCACAAAAUGAUUCAGAACCCACCCGGCAUCGCAGUCCUUAAUGGAUCUGCCGCCCGAGUGAUCGACUUUCCUCCAGCAUGUACAACUCCCAUGCACCGCAGCAUGAGUUUGAACUACAACUUUGUCAUCGAGGGCGAGGUAGAGGUGAUUUUGGACUCGGGUGAGAAAAGGAUCCUGAAAAGAGGAGAUGGUUUAGUCCAGCGAGCGAUAAAUCAUGCAUGGAGGAACACGAGUCAAACAGAAUGGGCGAGAAUCACAGCCGUGGUGCUACCUGUCCGUGAAUUCGAAGUUGCUGAGAGACAAAUUACGGCGAAUCUGCCACCCAGGACUAAGCAGAGUGGUAGUCACUGA